UGCUCUGGUUUCUCUCAACCAAAAGCGAGACCAGAGCCGAGGAGAGCAUAUAUAAACCCUUGCUCGAGUGCUCGAAAGACUGAUGUUGGGACCAUCCCUCCACUACACUAUCACUACCCCUCCCUCUAUUCCUCAUCAAGGACACCACACUCUUUCUCAACCAACACUCUUUACAAACAUGAAGCUUACUCUGUCUUUUAUCACCCUGGCGGUCCUUGCUGCCCAGGGCCUGGCCGUCCAGGCGGCACCUAGCCGUGUAGACACUUUGGCAAAGCGUGUCCCCGGUGACAAUCUCGAAAUGAGGGCUGUCGAAGCCGCCACUAAGACCCUGACUGUCACAAAGACAAAGACGACGACUCAGGUGCAGACUAAGACCAAGACUCAGACUCUGACCAAGACCAAGACUCAGACCCAGACCCAGACUCAGACCAAGACGAUCACUACGGCUAAGGGCACAAAGACGCUUACCAACUGUGCCGCUACCAAGACUGUCACGAAGACGACCACUGCGACGGCCACCGUCACUGUUACGCCUGGCGAUGGUCAAGACAAUGGCUCUGGUGGUGACACUACCGGCUCUGGCUCUUCUACCGGCUCUGGUGACACUACCGGCUCUGGCUCCUCUACCGGCUCUGGUGACACUACCGGCUCUGGCUCUUCUACUGGCUCUGGCUCUUCUACCGGCUCUGGUGACACUACCGGCUCUGGUGACACUACUACCGGCGGAGGGGGCUCUACUACCGUCUCUGGUGACCCUACCGGCUCUGGAAAUGGUGGCUCUAACACUGGUAGUGGGAACACUGGUAGUGGGAACACUGGUAGUGAGAACACUGGUGGCAAUGAGGGGACUCCCGCCUCAGGAUAGGCGUCUAUCAGUCCACCAGAGAAAGCAUACCGUCGCGCAAGAGACCCUGUUGGCAGACAUUCAUCCUCUUUCCACCGAGGAUGCUGGAUGCGUUGGCGAGCCUGCGUUCGUUGUCCAGAGCGUUGAUUUCGUUGUCCAGAGCGUUGAUCUCACUUGUCACUCCCCCGCCGCUGAUACCCCGAAUUCGACUCUUCGCCGUGAA